GAGGGGAUACUUGGAGAUGUCAUCGCCUAUGAUGCCCCUUCUCGAGGACGACACUAUUGUUUUCGGAGAAGAAGACAUAUCGGGAAAUGCAAAAAAUUAUCUGGCCCAUCCCUACGUGACCCUGUUCCACGUAGGCUUCAGGGCGGCAGCGAUAGUAGCCUACAUGCUUUGCGGGUGGUUCAGCAAUAGUUUUAUAACCAGCUUUGUGGUCAUAGUAAUUCUGUUAUCCAUGGAUUUUUGGACGGUUAAAAACAUUACCGGGAGGCUGAUGGUAGGGUUGCGAUGGUGGAAUUACGUGGACGAUGACGGCAAGUCUCAUUGGGUUUACGAAUCUAGAAAGGGUACACUGCAGAACAGAAUAAAUGAACGGGAAUCUAGGAUAUUUUGGACGGCGUUGGUGUUGACCCCUUUUAUUUGGGGAGUGUUUUUUCUUAUUGCCCUAUUCGGAUUGAAACUGAAAUGGAUGUUGGUGGUGUUGAUUGCGCUCAGUCUAAACGGCGCCAAUUUGCACGGCUACAUCAGGUGCAAGGUCGGCAACCAGCAAAGUUUAAGGUCCAUCACUUCAGACUUUUUAAAAAAACAGGUCCUACAAAACGCCGUUUCCAUAGUGACUCAACAAAAUGCAAACCCUGCGAAAGCAUCAAGUCAGCCCACUCGCACUGUGUAAUUUUCAUAUUGCCACGCGUUCUACUAUAAGUUUUUGUGAUAUCUGUAGAUGUUAUUUGUUUAAUAUUAUAUAUCCAGAGAGAAGAUGCGAGAUUUUGACCUCCGUUUUAU